UACUUUACAAUAUGCAAACAUACAACACAUAAACUCAUUCACAUAAUAUGAGAUUUACAUGUGAACUCUGGUAUUUAUGGCAGGAAGUGUUUUUUUAAUCUGUUUUAUCUGCUAAAAAGUUAUUUUAAAAUGUGUAAAUUGUUGUAAAUUGGCUAUAAAUUAUUAAAAUUAAUGUAAAAACCCUGAAUGUCAUGCAGUUAUUACACAGACGGACUUUCUCUCAGCGUCUCUGCACAGAACAAUUAACACGAAUUCAAUCAACCUCUGUGAAUUCUGCUCAAACUUUCUCCACAACUUUUCCACAGAUCUGAACAAUCGACGGCAAAUACGUGACGAUUGUCAGAACUGUUCGUGCUCCUCAUUCUGUUUGUAUUUUCUUGAAUUUAAAACAAUCAGAGCAGAGAAAGAUGCGAACACUCUGAACGCUGUCUUUCUCGGCUCUGAUUGGUUGUUUUGCUUUGGGCCCGGUGGAUUCUGGCAGGUCCCGUUAGGAGCUCUCGGAGGUCCGAUGAACUCCUGUCGGGGUAAAGUGAAACGUUACCGGAAUGAUGAGAAACUUUUUCUAAAUAAUGAGAAACUUUUUCUAAAUAAUAAGAAACUUUUUCUAAAUAAUGAGAAACUUUUUCUAAAUAAUAAGAAACUUUUUUAAAUAUUAAGAAACUUUUUCUAAAUAAUAAGAAACUUUUUUAAAUAUUAAGAAACUUUUUCUAAAUAAUGAGAAACUUCAAACGUUACCGACUGCUCUUCCUGUUUCCAACCAGAUUGUGAACCAAACCACAACUACAGCAGCUUAAAGAGUCAGACUUCCUCUAACAGUCCGCAGUAAGCACAAUAUAAAACUCUCUGUUCUCUCUUCCUCAGCUCAACUUUAUUAAACUAUUCACGGUGAACGACAGCGAACAGGUGAAGCUCUCCCAGGAUGGUUCCUUCCUCCAACUCCAGCUCCGGAGGAGCCGAUGAUUGCAUCGUCAACGACCAGAUGGGACCGUUCACCGUCCUCUACAUCCUCAUCUUCAUCAUCGGUCUGCCUGGAAACCUGCUGUCUGUGUGGGUCUUCAUCCGCAGUCCCAGAGCCAAGCAGCAGAGCACCAGCAUCUACCUGGUCAACCUGCUGGUGGCCGACCUCCUGCUGCUGCUCGCUCUGCCCUUUAAGAUCCUGAAGGACCUCGGGGCGGCGCCCUGGAGCCUCAUGGUGUUCCACUGCCAGGCCAGCGCCGUCACCAUCUACAUCAGCCUCUACGCGUCCAUCGCCUUCCUCGCCUUCAUCAUUAUCGACCGCUACCUGCAGGACUGCCACAGUCUGCGCUAUCUGCAGGUGCAGGAGAUCGGCUUCGCCUGGCUGCUGUCGCUGGUCGUCUGGUUGCUGCUGCUGCUCAUCAUGGUGCCCAACAUGGUUCUGCCCAUACGGGAAUUAAAGGAGCAGCGCUACCUCAGAUGUUCCUCUCUGAAGGAGGACAUCAGCCUCCACUGGCACACUCUGACCGUCUUCCUCUGCAUGGCGUUGUUCCUCAACGCCUCCGCCGCUGUGCUCGUCUCCAGCGGUCUGACUCUCAAAAGACUCCUGGGCAGUCGCAGCGACCCCAAACUCUGGGUGGACGCCAGGCAGGCGGCGGGGAGCGUGACGGCCGUAGCGCUGGCCUACAUGCUCAGCUUCGUGCCCUACCACGUGGUGCGGACGCCGUACACGUUGGCGCAGAAUAAGGUGAUCACAGACUGCGCGAUCAGGAGGCAGCUGUUUCUAGGGAAGGAGUCGACGCUGCUGCUGACCGUGCUGCACCUCUGCUUCGACCCGCUGCUCUUCUUCUACCUGUACGCACCGUUCAGACUGACGGUCCACAGGUUGUUCCCCUGCGGCGGGAAUCAGACCAACGGCGAUACAGCGGAGCAGGAAAUGAUGCAACCUACAACACCUGUACGGCAGGAGGACGCCGUCUGAACCGGCACAGACUGUUCGUAAUGCGGGGUCACAUUUUCAACACCACCUCAAACACAAAGACUGCUAGCCCCAAAUAAACCUUUUAACUGUGGAAGCACGUUUCCACCAAUGUGAUUAAAACAGAAGGAUUCUGUACGUCGAGAUAAUAACGAUAUAUUUCAUAUAUUAACUUACAGGAUCCUUUGUUUUCAUCAUAUUGGCAGAAAUGAUCUUCCGUAUUUAGCAGCACAUUUAUAAAAACACCCUCUCGCACAACAUGAGUUAAAGUUAAAUGUUAUUUUAUUCACUGAAUCAGUGUCAUGAUUUCAGGACUUCAUUAUGUAACUGUAUGUAUCAUAGAUAACAUAAUACAAUAUCUGAAUGUUUUCUGAUGCUGUUAAAUGUUUUUUAAUAUAAUUAAAAAUAGAUUAAAACCUG